AGGAUCAAAGUAUAUUCCUAAAUAGAUAUUCCAGUAUAAUCUUCAAUUUAUAUAAAUAUGUACUGAAAUUUAUUUAUUUUUCUUUAUAGCAUUUCAAUUAAAUUAUAUAUUCAUCUUUAAAUGAAAAUAAUUAGAAGGUGCAUAUUUCUCUAUAAUAUUCGUUAAUUAAUAUAAACUAAUUCUGUUUCUGAUAAUAUUAUAUUUAUAUAUUAAAGCUUAUGUUUUAAUCUAUAUAAACUAUUCUAUCUUAUUUCAUUAUUAAAAAAAAACGAAAAAAGAGAGUUGUUAAGGUUUUUUUUUUUUAAAUUCACUGUUAAUAUAAAGGAAUAUAUUAUAUAUCAACAUAUAAUCUAUCAUUAUUUUUAUUUAUAUAAAUACUAACACGAUAAGAAAUUAAUUAUUGCUAUUUAAAUCCCAUAUACUUAUAUACAAUGCCAUCCAUAAGUGCACAGAGAGAUGUAAAAUUUAUCAUUUUGUUAUUUUAAUUAUAUAUAUUAUUGAAUUCAACAAUGGGUUUUUCAAAAAUUAAUAUAAAAAUCAAUUUCAUGAAAGUAUAAUUUUUCUAAAUUAUAUAUAAUAAUUAUUAUUAUUUUAUUUUUUGGAUAAUUCGGUGUAAUUCUUAUUUAAAUAUGAAAAUGAAUUUAAUAGUUAUAUCUCAAGAUAUCCAUGGACUAGGAAAAAUCCCGAACAGUAUUGUAAUAAAAGAAAAAACGGUUUUUCACAGAUUACUAAUGAUACUUUUAUUACUGCAUGCCAAUAUACUGACAUAUAUAUAAUUAAAAUAAGGGAUCUUUAUAAAUCUGAUAGACACAAACACUGUAUAUAUGUGAAUUAUCGAAUAAAUAAAUAAAAUCAAUAUAGUAAACAUUUUAGUUGGUUUGAUGGUUAUAAGGAAUCUUCCACUUAUAUAAGUAAUACAUGUGCUCAAAAAAUAAAACAACUUGAUAGACAUAUUUUAUAAAAACUUACAGAUCUAUAUAGUCUAUAUAAGGGAUUUAAACAUUUUAUAACCGAAAAGAAUAAAGUUACAACUAGUUGUGAUAAUCUUAAAAAGUGUCACAAGUUUUAUAUCGAACAUUACGAGGAAUGUGAAGCAAAUGAAAUUAACGCGUUUUGUGAAGAGUUAAGAAAUUUUAAGAAAUCAUACAAUGAAACAAUGAGCGAUGUAACUAUUUGUCUCUAUGUACCAAAAAUUUUAUAACUUCCAAAAAGUUAUCUUUUUGCUACCAGUUUAACAGAUUCCGCAUUACCAACAUCUUUUAGCGUAUUUUUUUUAUAUAAGGUUAGUAAAAAUUGUACUUAAUAUGUCGAAUAUUCUACCACAAUGCGUAUAUACAUGUUCACAAAAAAUUAACUGCAUAAAAGAAUUAUAUUUUUAUGUAUAUGUUAUUUUUCAUAUAUAUUACUCCAAUAAAAUAUUGGUUACAUAUUCGUUUAAAUAGGAAAAAAAUAAUUGAACUUGAAGAAGAAAUAAGAGUAUCCUUACCAAAUAUACAAGAUAUAAAUAGAAAUUCUGGAGGAAAUUUUCAUAAUAUAUGUUAUCAGCCUCAAGGAUAUCCUUCAUACUAAAAUUAUAGUUUAUAAUAUUACCAAUAAAAAAUCUAGAAGACACCUAUAUGAGAGAUUAAUACAUGUGAAAAGUUAUUAAUAAAUAAGAUUAACUAAAUAUAAACAAAUUAAUAAAAUUUCAUAAAAAUUACAAUUAUAUUGAUA